GACAAAUGAAUAUUAAGAAAGAAGAGCACAAACCACCCGAGACAGCUAUCCUAGAGAGCAUUUGGGCGAACUACAUCGGUGUAACAAAUUCGCAAGAAGCAUGGAAUAAUACACCGGGAAUUUUUCAAGAUUGGAUCGGAAUACCUUCUUUAGAAGAGGAAAAUGAUGGACCUUCAAAUGCGCUUAAAAGGCUACCAAGCCUAGGAAGAUGGGUGUCAAUGGGUUCCGAAACAUGGGAAGAAUUACUUGAUAAAAUCGUCGGUUCUAGUACAAAAAACCCUAGGGAAACUUGUUACGUGGAGGACAAGAAAAAUGAAUGGACGAUCAACAAUUCAAAGGAGAACAUGGAGAAGACUAAUAAAAACAUACCAACUCGACAUUAUAGAGGAGUACGAAGAAGGCCUUGGGGAAAGUACGCGGCUGAAAUAAGGGACUCUAGGAAGAAAGGAGCUCGAGUUUGGCUUGGAACGUUUAUUACCGCAGAGGAAGCAGCUUUGGCUUAUGAUAAGGCGGCCUUAAGAAUAAGAGGGGCGGCUAAAGCUUCUCUUAACUUCCCACUUGACGCGGUCACUAAAGCCGUUGUAGGAAGUCAAUAUGACAAGAAUAAUCAUUGUAAUAAUCCUUGGAAAAGAGAAGCAAGAGACUGGGAGCUUCAGAGUGAUUAUGUUGAUGAGUUGAUGAUUCAACAGCCAUCUUUUAAAAGAUCAAGAUUUAGCAUGGAUAAUUUACUUGAUUCUCAACAUGAUGUACUUGAGUUGGAAGAUCUUGGGAAUGAUAUAUUGGAAAAUUUACUUUCUUCAACAUUAUGAUUGUGUGUUUAUUUGUCUAUAUAUUGUACGUAUAUGAGAUUUAUGUAUUGUUUUCAUAUGUCUUGUGUGUCUCUCUUAAGUUUUUAUGAAUUCUUGAAUCUAUUUUCCCCGCUUGUAGCUGGCAUGUAAUUUACUCCCUCCGUUUUAUGUAAGGUACGCCUGUAAUUGUUAUAUAUGCUUAUCAAUAAUGUAAUACCUCAUGUAAUAUAUGAA